AUCAAAUAUGGCGAUAUUUCAUGUUACACUAUUUUGAAGGUACGUCAAUUUGACGAUUGUAUAAUGUGUAUUCCGAAGUGCACAUGUUUUUAUACAAAUGGGAGUUAAAUAAUCUUUUACUUGGGUGCAAUAGAUUAGCGCCAUAAUAAUUGAUUCAUUAUUUGAGUACGUAGUCGCUAGAGCGCUGACGAUCAUGACAGACACACGACGAAGAGUAAAACUUUAUGCUCUGAAUGCUGACCGGCAGUGGGAUGACAGAGGUACGGGUCAUGUGUCUUCAUGUUAUGUGGAAAGGCUAAAGGGUACUUCUUUGCUCGUUCGGGCAGAAUCUGAUGGUUCCCUCCUUUUGGAAAGCAAAAUACAGCCAGAUACAGCAUAUCAGAAGCAACAAGACACCCUGAUUGUAUGGUCGGAAGGCGACAAUUUUGAUUUAGCAUUGAGUUUCCAAGAGAAAGCUGGUUGUGACGAGAUAUGGGAAAAGAUAUGUCAGGUACAAGGCAAAGAUCCAUCAGUUGAAAUCACACAAGACAUAGUUGAAGAAUCGGAAGAUGAACGGUUUGAUGAAAUGUCAGACAGUGUGCAGCCUGUAGAGUUGCCUGCUUGUGAAAUGGGUCGUUUAGAGGAUAUCAGCGAAUUGGUCAACAGUUGCCUGGUCUCUCAAGCUCGUAAAGAUAAAUUGGCCGCAGCACUGGAAAGCCAACAUUACAUAAAGAAGUUACUCAACCUAUUCCAUAUGUGUGAGGACAUUGAAAACAUUGAAGGAUUGCAUCAUCUAUAUGAAAUAUUUAAAAGUAUAUUCCUUUUAAACAAAAACACAUUGUUUGACACAAUGUUUGCAGAUGAUACUAUUUUUGAUGUAGUUGGUUGUUUAGAGUAUGAUCCAAGUCUGCCCCAGCCCAAGAAGCACAGAGAAUACCUCAGAGAGCUUGCUAAGUUCCGUGAAGCCAUUCCGAUAAAGAAUCAGGACUUGCUUGCUAAGAUACACCAGACAUACAGAGUACAGUACAUUCAGGAUAUUGUUUUACCUACCCCAACAGUUUUUGAAGAUAAUCUGCUAAGCACACUGUCUAGUUUUAUAUUUUUCAAUAAGGUAGAAAUAGUGAAGCUCAUUGAAGAAGAUGACAAGUUUUUAACUGACUUAUUUAAGUUGCUAAUGGAUGAUAAGACAUCAGACACUAAGAGACGGGAUUUAGUACUAUUUUUAAAAGAGUUUUGUAAUUUUUCACAAAAUCUACAGCCUCAGGAUAAGGAUGCUUUCUACAAAACCUUGGUAUCCCUGGGGAUCCUGCCAGCAUUAGAAAUUACUCUAAGUAUAGAUGAUCAAAAGACGAAGACUGCAUCUAUAGAUAUUUUAACCUAUAUAGUUGAGUUUUCUCCAUCUGUUGUGAGGGAUUAUACAUUACAGCAUGCUAAUAACACUGAGGAGGAGCAAAUGCUGUUAAACAUUGUGAUAGAACAGAUGCUCCGGGAUCGUGACCCAGAACUCGGUGGUGCUGUACAGCUUAUGGGAGUGCUUCGUAUUCUGUUAGACCCUGAAAGCAUGCUGGCAUCGGUCAACAAGAGUGAAAAGGCAGACUUCCUCAAUUUCUUCUACAAACACAGUAUACAAACGCUAACAGCUCCAUUGCUGGAAAAUACAACUGGGGAGAAGCCCUUGAAGGAGGACUACCACACUGUGCAACUUUUGGGGCUGGUUCUGGAACUCUUAUCGUUCUGCGUUGAACAUCACACAUACCAUAUCAAGACUUGUAUACUGAACAAGGACCUUCUUCGUCGCAUCUUAGUGCUGAUGAGAUCUACGCACACAUUCCUGGUCCUCGGAGCCUUAAGGUUCAUGAGGAAGAUCAUUGCACUUAAAGACGAAUAUUAUAACCGGUAUAUUAUAAAGGGAAACCUUUUCGCUCCAGUUGUUGAUGCUUUCUUAAGGAAUAAUGGCAGAUAUAAUUUGCUUGACUCUGCCGUCCUAGAAUUAUUUGAAUUCAUCAAACUGGAAGACAUCAAAUCGUUAUGUUCACAUGUGGUGGAGAACUACGGCAAGAUAUUGGAAGAUGUGGAGUAUGUACAGACUUUCAGAAGUUUAAAAAUGCGAUAUGAUCAACAUCAGGAUAAACUCAAGGAACGGGAGCGAGUGAGCGGCAGCGUGGGCGUGGCCGAGGCGGUGGUGCCGUCUCUGCUCCGGACGCGGUACCGGCGCGAGGCGCGGGCGCCGGACGACGAGGAGGAGAUGUGGUUCAACGACGACGACGAGCUGGACGACGACGCGCCCAUAGACGCCGCCACAACGCAACAUGCGCAUCACGCGUUAGAUGCCAUCGGUAAAAUAGUGGAUAAGAAAGUGUGCACAAACGCAGAGGCCGUCAACGGGCCGAGUCGAGUCCUACUCAGCACCACGUCUCCUGGCAAACCUGCACACACCGAUGUACAGGUAUCCUCGCCCAGAUUACUCAAUAAGGGCCUGGUGGACUACGACGGCGACUCAGACGAGGAGGAAGACAGCGGGGGCAGCCACAGCGGCGCCGGCGCAGACGAGCGCGACGCCAAGCGGCCGCGACUGGCGUAGUGUCGCGACUUCGCUCGUUUCAAGGAAUAUACGACUCAAUGACCUCCGCCGACCGCAGUGCUGUGCAUUAAACCCAGUGAUGUGAACGUAAGCUGUAAAGUAUACUUCUGAUCGCUGCGAACUCUAGACGGUUAGGUGAUGGGAGUGUCGUAAGGUCUGGUCGAUGACGCUGCGACGGACGAAGUCUCGUGUUCGACGAAAUGUCCCCUCUGGAAAUGCCUUUGUUUUUCGCGGUUAAAUUUUCUAAUCUUAAAAGUCAUUUUGGGAAAGGAGAUUUCGUUGACUAAAGAUGUGAGGCAAAUCUCCGUUGAGCAUGAACGUGGCCGAGGUUAUUAUACGGCGUGCAGCGACGCGAAAAUAGGCAAUUGACGUGUCUGAACAUCGACAUGUGAAUAGCUUGACGUCCUUAGAGGAACGCGGCUGUACGUCCCGCCUAUUUUUGUAGGCCUUGCAGACGGGAUUGUUUGUUAAGGAUUUGAAUCAUUGAGCGACUUCGAGCGCCGAAUCAUAUAGGACCGGUCUCGAUGGAGAAUUGUUAUGGAGAUUGUACACUCCAAUGAGACCUCGAUAAGUGGUAACAUUCGAUCGAUACGCAUGUACCCGGCUUUGCCUUCUUCGAGGAAUCUCGUCGAGUGUACGAUACAUUAGAAGGCUUAGAUAAAUUAAUUAUUGUAUAAAAAAUGCAAAAUAAAAAAAAACUGAGAUCCGUCUUUAUUUCACAUAUUCGUCUCGCUAAAGAAAGCGGCGAUUGUUAACUUUCAAUAUUUUUUUAAUAAAAUGGCGCCCUUGCUAUUGUUUUCUUUUUCCAAUAUGAUUGGGGUAUUUUGUUCCUGUUAGGAAUGAUUUCGGGUUUAUAAACAUUUGUAAGGAGAAAUAUGUACAUUUUUAUUUAUUACCAAAAUCGUAUGUGUUGUGUGUUAAUUGUGACUAUUAUAAAAGUGAAUUUAUGCUGUAAUGUAGCUGAAUUUAAUUGGUAUAAAAUAUUUUUAGAUUGCACUAUGACACCUUUGUCUCCAAAAUGUAUCAAUUUAUGGAAUAGAAUCGAAAAGAAUUUAAAUUAUUUAUUAUUUUUGAAGAUUACACAAGUUGAGUUUUGACUCGUCUCACUUAAAACUUAUAUGUAGUUUUAAUCGUAAUAUUCUAUUACUUGGAUAUUUCUAAACUAAAGUUAACGUUUGAUGAACGCCAUUUCUGAUUGGAUGCCGGCCAAAAUAAUCGUCUAUUCAUAGAAUUUUGCAACAUUUUCCAUUGGUCAUACUUUUUAAAAUAUAUGUUGUUUUUAUGGUCAGCAAUUCGCGAGGCUUUUCACGAAUGUUGAUAAUGCAUGUGUCGUAUUUUCCCACUCUUUCUAUCUCUGAGGUAAACAUAAGAGAUACAAAGACAGGGAAGAUAAGAAAUAAGCUUUAUCAACAUUCGUAAAUAGUCCCAAGGAUUGUUACUUUUUAGUAUUGUUAUUUUAAAAAAAAUGUGAAUAGACAUAAGGUAUGCGUUGACUCGCGUUACUAAAUAAAUAAAAACUAAACAACAAAUUGUUUGAACCCUAAUACCAAGUUAAGUUAUAAAUAUAAAACUUAAACGUUUUUCUAUUCUUUAAAGCAAAAGUUCAAAAUUCUGUGAAAUGUGUGAAAACUAUUUGUCACGAAAUAAACAUCAUUGCUCUAAAGGAGCUAGCGUGGCCGCUAGUAAACACAAGAUAAUGUCCAUUUUUGUAAAUACUAUAUGUGACAACACUCACGUUUAGCAAGCAUAAAAAUUGCUUUUUAUUGUAGCGUAAUAUUAAUUUGAAUGGUAACAGAAUGUAGAACAAAUUUGGAUAUCGAGGCGUAUUGAAUAUGAAAUAAUUUUAACGGUUAGGUUUAUGUAACCAACGGUUCGUAAUAGCUAAAGUACAAAUAAUAGGAACGGGAAUCAAAUAUUUGUAAAAGUCCUUCGACAUUAGGAGAAGGAAACUGCAGAUUACAGUAAAAAGUAAUAUUAAAAUCAUAAGACCAAUAUUUUUUUGAUACACAAUGCGCAACUAUGCUAGAAAUUUAACAACUUAAAUGCAAUUAUUUCUAUUAAAUUUGUAUAUUCUUAUAAAUAAAAAAUGUUGAUGAAAAUUAUUCAAUUUUAAAAUGUGAUUGAAUGCGUCCAUCCAUUAAUUUUCUUUUGGGGGCCUUCGAAUCUAAUACCAAAUUAGUCUGGUGACCAACUUUUCUCACAGUAAAAAUAUUGAAAUGAGCUUUAUGCUACCUAUUUUAACUUACCUAAAAGGAAAUAUCACCAAUAUAACAAUAAUGAUGUUCAUAUUAACAUACAUACAUGAAAUCACGCCUCUUUCCCGGAGGGGUAGGCAGAUACUAUAAUCCCUGUUCAAUUUAUUUCCUGUUGUAAUUACCCGAGACGUAAAAAAAUCCACAGAAUAAGUGUCAUUGUACGCGCUAAUAUUGCCAUGUCUGCUGGUAUUAAAAGAUAUAAUGUCAUAAUGAUUACAUCUCAUUUCAUCAUUGGUUUUAUGACUUUUCAUUGGGCCAAGUUACUGCAAAAUAAGUAUGAAUUGCACCGAAGUCUUGGUUAUUUAUUUACAGUACUACCAUGCUUAUAAGACACCUGGGCAAUAUUCGAUGGCGCAGAAUAGCGCAACCUACCGCCGAAACAAACUGAAUAAAAUCUAACUUCAAUUACAUUCAACUUAAAAUCCAAAAACAAAAUGUCUUCUGUUAUAUCAAUCAUUAUAUUUGCACUAUUAUUAUGAGUGAGAUAGCGGGAGACAUUUCAGUUCGUACGUUAAGUUGGCGCGCUCUGAUAGGCUCAAAUAAUUUCGCGAGAUACAAAAAACCUACGUAUGCGCAGGUACAUCGGUGUAACUUAUAAAAGUGGUAAUACUAUACCAUACUAGUUUAUUUAAGCGAUAAUACCCGUGAUCAACAUGAAAACCGUUAGCAACAAAUUUUUAUGACAGCCUGUUAUUACGGUUUGAUUGUAAUAUGGUGCAACCCAUACUAAGAAAAACAUUUAUUUUCUCUGUGUAUUAAAAUUCACACAGAUAAAAAUAAAUGUUUUUCAUAUGAUGACAUCAAAAUGGAAAAAAGAAAUGAGACAAAACAUUCUAAUACAUGUAUGGUCUUACCAUAAGAUUGCGUCUAUAUCAUUGCCCUGUUGUACCAUACCAAAUUAUAUACACAUACUUACAAUAAUGUAUACAUAUUUUUUGGCAUGAACGAACCUUAGUGCAAUGCAAUACAAGUAUUCUGUGUAAGUAGUGUAGAUUCUUUUUCAGCAUUGUUAGAAUUGCUUCCUUCGUUGCGUAGUAAUAUGAACAUUCUCAAUAGGGUUGGACCUCAUACUCAUAUAUCCGGUCACGUACACUACCCGUAAAGUAAUUUGACUUUUGGUGCCUAUGUCAUUUUAGGUCAACUUAUAUUCCGGGUAUUGUAAGGGUAAUUUUGUUGUUCUAUUGCUUUAUUUUGCAUGAUCAUAACUUUUAAGCAAAGUAUGUGAUGUAUUUUGAUUUGCGAUAAAUUGAUUAAAUUAAGCCAUUCUAAGGUUAGGAACAGGAUGGAACGAUAUGACAAACCCCGGACUUUGAAAACAACAGUUAAUAUAUAUCCGGAAAUUUGUUAAGAGAGUCAAUGUAACUGUUAAAUGCCACUUCUUAGGCAAGUGUAGAACUUGAAUUGAUGUACACAAGACAAUCUAUGUGCUAUAUAGACGUACUAAAACAACUACACCCACAAUACCGCUAAAAGAACUAUCCAUUACGAACAAAUUCGUCCGUCCAUUCGAAAUUGGGUUUUAAAAAUAUUAGCUACUUUAAAGCACACAAUGUUCAAAUAUAAAACUAGAUUUUAGGAUUGUGUGCAUAUUGCGAUACAUUAAGAUCCAUUUUUGAAUGGUAUAUAACUGUAAAAUAUCGUAUAAAAGUGAGGACUUUUUGAAUCAAGUAUAUGCUCUGGUAUUUAGUACAUGAAUCUGGAUUCGUUUCGCUGAAUGUUACUCCAUCUUGAUACAGUUGGUACUUGUGUUUCCUUUAAUUUUCAUAAAUUCUUUCUUAAUUCAGUCAAAUUAUUAUUGGCAUCUAAAAAUUUACUGAAUUGAUUAAGAAUUUUAUAACCUAUCGGUACCAAUUGAUGUACCUCUCGCUACCUCAAUAGGGUACCGGACAACUUUUCAGAUUGUGUUUAAAAAUAAUCUUUAUUUAUUUAUAUAUCCAUAAAAAAUAUUAUUUUAAAUAAAUAAAUCAUUUGGAGUAUUAAAAAACGUCAAAAACAUAAUUUAUUUAAAAUUGCCGCGAAAACAGCACUUUACGUCAAUUCAGAUCGCGUGACGUCAUAUGUUUAGAAAACAAGCCUUAUUACAAGUGAUCAGUGCUUGGAUAAUUUAAGUAUUUUCUCGCAGAUCUAGAAACAUGCAAAACCCAUAAUAAUGUAACCUUUAAAAUCAUAAAAAAAAACAUAUGUGAAAAUAACUUUGUAAGCAAUGAAACUAGUUUUAGGUUAUGUUUUCGUUUGUUAUUUUUUCAAUAAUUUCUGUUGUUAAGAUAAACAAAAAGAGGUUGAAAUACUUACACAAAUGUUUUCACAUUGCGAAAUUCAGCAAAAUAAAAGUCGGUAUUAGUGGCAAAGAAACUGCCGACCAUGAAAAUAUCAAUCUUUUGAGAGAUUUCUAUUGUCGGCUUUAUUAACCUUGUUCCAUGAUAAAAGCUUGAUAUAGGCGGCUUCAAGCACUUGCGACAACUUCUGUUAUGAGUAAAGUCCUUCAAUUCUUAACUAAUUACAAUUAAA